GCUGCCGCAAACAUACAGAUAGACUCCUCCUCCUCUCCUGUCCUGCUCUGUUCUGCCCUGCUGCGUGGUCUGCGUACACCAAACCUUCGCCGUCGCCGCCAAUGCCGCGCAUCAACCUGCCCCCCGUCACGCGCGCUGUACUACUGCUCCUGAUCGCAGCCUCUUCGCUCAACGCGGUCAUCAGGACUGCCAAAUGGCGGCAGUCGCUCGAUUCGACAUCUUCCGCUGCCAAUUACCUCUCAAGUCCACGCUGGGCGGUGCCAUAUCUGGUUUGCGUGCCUACCACGAGCCUACGUUACCCAUGGACUGUGGUCACCGCCGCACUCGUGGAGAACAACGUCGUGUCACUGGUCAUCAGCAGCGCUGUCGUGUUCUUUGGAGGCCGAUAUCUCGAACGAGCAUGGGGAACGCACGACUUUGCAAAAUUCAUCAUAGUGGUAACACUCAUACCAAAUGUGAUCACCUUCAUCCUCUACGCCAUAUGGCAUGCCUUUGUCACCGCUCCUGAAUACCCAACGCCAUUGAAUGGCCAAGUGGCUUUGGCCGCCGGCUUCCUCGUGGCUCUGAAACAGCUCGUCCCUGAACACACCGUGUCUCUCUUCAAGGGAAUCAUCAGCAUGCGCCUCAAGCAUGCUCCGGCUGUCUUUGUCCUUGCCAACAUGAUCUCGGGUCCUGUUCUAGGCACAGAUACUGCCUUCUGGUUAAGUCUGCUGGGUUUCUGGAUCUCCUGGAUUUGGCUGCGCUUUUUGCGGGUCUCGACGCUCUCUACAGUGGCUACCGGAGGCACCGAUACAGUCAUCGUUGGAGAUGCUUCGGACACAUUUUCGUUCGCGGCCUUCUUUCCAGAUGUGCUUCAUCCUGUUCUCUCGCCCAUCUGCGACGGCAUAUAUCAUAUCCUGGUCCAGCUCAGGCUCUGCACCCCAUUUUCCGAAGAAGCGAUCGAAGCUGGCAACGAAAAUGCUGCAUCAAGGGCCGAUGGAGUCCUACCAAGCUUCACCGAUAGUAGAGCGGGUUCUAGUCGUCGCGCUGAAGCUGAGAGAAGGCGAGCCAUCGCACUGAAAGCCCUGGACCAAAGACUCAAUGCCGCGGCGGCAAAUCGAAGCGCUCCCACUGCGGUGACCACGGUGCAAGCCUCUUUGGGACAACCCAAGGCUGAAUCAGCGGAUUCAGCGGAUUCAGCGAACGCAGCAGCUCCAGAGGGCUCUGGAAAUUCGCCUUUGGGCGAGACAAACCCAUGACGAUAUCGAUAGCAUACGCCAGGUCCUCGUCGCAUUCGCGAUGUGCAUUUGUUUCAGCCUCACUCGUUCCGCACUGCAUUUCUGCUAAUUCGUGUACGUGAGCAGGAAUCGCACAUGGUGAACCAGAGUUUGUCGACUGACUGCCGCGCUUGGAGGUCCAAGAGGACAACGAAAAUCCCAGCCGACCUCGACUUCCCUGCACUUGCCGUCCUGCUGUGCCCCACUUCAUGCAUCGUCCAGUCUGGACCCCACCCACCGAUCUGCGGGGAUAGUCACAAGUGAUCAUAAAUGCACAAAAUGUUGUCGAAGCUUAAAUUGAUUGCAUACCUUGCGCAUGAAGCUGGCUACCUUCAGCAUGGUAUGGCAUGCUGUCCAUUAUCUUUCGGCAAGGCCUCCAUACUGAUUGGAGAACGUGCGCGACCACGGUAGCACGCCACAAUACAAUGGCCAGGCAAAGGCUUUGCGAAUCGCCAGUCGAAUCGGGAAGCGGCAUCGCCGUGCAUCACCGUGCAUAAUGGAUGUUCACCUGGAUUGGGUGGCACUUGGAAGGAACGGUGACGAGGGCAUUAUGGGGACGUGGAGAAGGUUCGCUUCCGUCGUUACGGCUAAAAGCCUCCUCACUGUGAUCCACAGGUCAGGUUUGCGCUGCAUUCGGCAUUGAUAUCGCGGCAAGUAGUCGUUGCUCAGGCGUGUCCAUGCUA